UAUUGGGACGUGUCAGAUGUUCAGUGUGUCUCCAGCAUCUCUACUUGAAAACCUGUUGCCACAUAAGCUCUCUCUCUCUCUAAACUGAAUCAGAAGGGUUUAGGGGGCUGAUGGGAUUAGUUUAAGCCAUUAGGAGUAGUUAAUGGUCUUUCCUGGGUUUGGUAAGUAACACUCACUAAUUGACCAGGGGCCGCAGACAGCUGAUACUGGCUCACAGCAACAAGUGGUCCCUGCUGCACUGAAGUCACUGUUCGGGACCUGCGGAGGGCUGAUAUUUAAAUAUAAAAAAGGACAUAUUAGAAGUCUUUAUCUUCACUGUGUUGGCUGAUAAACAGGCUGGAGGAGCUGGAUGUUAUUCACUGGAUAAUAACCCUAACAUUAAGAAAUCGAGAUUUUACAUUCACUUCACUUCAUCACACAGGCAUAAAAAGCUCCUUCUUGCCACUGAACUGAUCCACACAUAACUUCAGACCAGUGUGUUUGGACUCCUGUGACCAACCUCAUAAAUGCCAGGAGCAAACUCCAUGAUUCUUGCUCCAAAACACACUCCACAGUCUGUCCACUUCAUUUGUGCACAGCUUGGUUCAUCAACAUCUCAACAUGCAUCAGCACACUCACCAGUAUGCCUUCACUCCCAUCCUCCACCAAUCCUUGACCAUCCUGCCUGCUCCAGUGGGAACUCAGGACAGUAAGUUCAACACACACCCUCUCAGAGGAACAACAAAGUCCUCUUUUGCUCCUGUCACUGCCUUUCACAGAGCAACACAGAAGUUCUUCAGGCCAACUAAACGAGUGAGAUGGGGUGCGCUGCAUGUCUGCAUUGCAUGGAAGAUUUACUACCAUGAACAACUUAAGAAAAUGCAGCAAAAACCCAAAACUCUCCAUCGAGAGGGGACACCUGAGUAUCCGGCCUCCAGUCUACCUGACUCAGUACAACACAAGGAAUCAGACCAGCCCUCCUGCAGACACCCAAAUCUGGACUCUCCAUGUGGACACUCAGGAAAAACAGCUGACACUGUAAUCCACUUCAACAGAAGUUAUCCCUCUGACCUUUACACAUCUUCACCAGCAUCUUGCCUCAGCCGUACGACCAAGAGGGAGCAGCUUGACCGGGAGAAACUGGAACACAGGGGCCACCAAACUGACACAACAAAGGAUUUACCUCUUAGAGACAAAUCCUGGGAUCGAAGGGUGACUCCUGAACUCGACGGUGGAUGCAGCGGCUCGCUUGACAGGAAAAGGCAGCUUGAGUGUGACAGUGUCCUUAAAGUGAAGAGGGUGAAGCGGGAAAUUGUAGAAAACCACUUUGAUUCUUCGAAGACUCUGCGCACUGAUCCAUCUCCGUUCAGUACAACUCAUACACAUCCAUCCUCACACACCGUACCAGUGCAACACAUAAACACAAGUGAUUUAUCUGUCUUGUAUCCUAACAGCAGUAGAUGUAAUGUUACCAGAGCUCCUGGGGGACUCAUCUCUUAUGCAGGGGCUGAAAUGCAUCCAUACCAAACUGCUUCAUGGGAGCCAAUGUUGGACGCUCAUAAGAGAAUGGAUCUCCACUCUAGACAAAAUGUCCUAAAAGACAAUUCACUGAAUACCUGCAAAGCAAUCAGGAUACCUCUUGCAGCACAGUGGCAAAAAGAGGCUUUUCAUGGUUUCUUUAUGCCACCUCUUUAUCCCCCUCUUGCUCUGAGGCAGCAGGAGACUGUUUACCUCAGAGGAAGGGAGUUUUUACACUCACGUCACGAGAACUGUCAUCUCCACCACUGCAGACAUCACCUCCCUCAUCCUGGUUUUCUGGCAACAUCCUACCUGGGGCGAUGAGUCUCCCAGGUCUACUCAUUUACAGUAUGUCUGUUGAGUUCACUGGUCAUUAUGGUCUGUGCAUUAAUUCAAUAGAGCUCCACCUAGAUAUGACAAACCAGUGAAAGUGGGAAGCUUUUGAUUAAUUAUUAACAAAAGAUACUCUUUGCACUAGAACAGCUUUAAUUAGGCAAUGAAGAUUCUUAAUAAAGCAUGGAGGUUUUGAAAUUUGACAGCAACUGGGUUGGGCAACUGUGAAUCUGUAAACCUAAAAUUGAAUGCAGCCGAGUUAAGAGUUGAGGGGGUCGUUGCCUUACAUGUUAGUGUCUCUGUGAGGGUGUACUUUGGAAUAGCUGUGCUUUGAGCUAAAUGCUAACAUCAGCAUACUAACAUGCUCACAAGGAUAAUGCUAACAUGUUGAUGUUUGGCAGGUAAUGUUUACCAUGUUCAGGAUCUUAGUUUGGUACACAAAGUAACAGCUGAACCAAAGUAUUGGGCAAAUUUCUGAUUCUGAUUCUG